CCGAGAACCGUGGUGCCUGCUGGGAACAACAAACUCGACGAGCCGCCAUCUUGCCUUGUAACGAUUUAGGAGGGCGAAUUAAGGAGCUGUUUGAUUGCGAUUUUGAGCGAAAUAGAGCUGUUUCAGCUGGAUGCAUUGAUCACUUAUUUUAAACAAGUAAUUAGAAGAGCAGCUGUUGGAUUGGAGUCUGCAGCAUUGUCCACAUAUCCGCCGUAAGACUGGUCAGCAUGGGCCGCUCACGGAGUCGCAGCACGUCCCGGUCUAAACAUUCAAAAAGCAGCAAGCACAGCAAGAAAAGGAGCCGGUCUCGGUCCCGGUCCAGAGACAGGGAGAGGUCCAAGAAGCGAUCCAAGUCCCGAGAGUCUAAGAGGAACCGGCGCAAAGAGUCCCGCUCUCGGUCCAGGUCCACCACAGCCUCGUCCCGCAGAGAGCGAGCUGCGUCUCCCCCGGAGAGGAUCGAUAUCUUCGGCAGGACUCUGAGCAAGAGGACCGCUCUGGAUGAGAAGCAGAGGAAGGAAGAGGAGGAGAGAAAAGCAGAGAUGGAGAGACAGAGGAAAAUCCGCCAGCAGGAGAUUGAGGAGAAGCUGAUCGAGGAGGAGACAGCCCGACGAGUGGAGGAGCUAGUGGCCAAGCGGGUAGAGGAGGAGCUGGAGAAGCGAAAGGACGAGAUCGAGCGGGAGGUGCUGCGGCGUGUCGAGGAGGCCAAGCGCAUCAUGGAGCGGCAGCUGCUGGAGGAGCUGGAGCGGCAGCGGCAGGCCGAGUUGGCGGCGCAGAAAGCCAGAGAGGUAACGCUCGGUCGUUUGGAAUGCAGUCCCCCCUUUCUUCCCUUGUACUCCCUUGAAACCCUCACCUGCCCUGUCUUCUGCUCUGCGGAGGGACCUUCCUCUGGUUUCAGCGUGCAGCCAAGGCAUGCAGCUGUAGCCUUAAUUUCCAGCUCAUUCGUUUCAUUUAUGACAAUUAUAUUUGAAUUUUACUACUUCUGUCUUCAGACAACACAGGAUAAGGGAGGAACGCUUCAUCGACGUAUUUGUUUCUUAGCAGUUGUAUCCUAUGACUGCAUGCAUAGAAAUCAGUGUCUGAGUUAUUCAUACGGAAACAGCUGCAGGUUUAAAUCCAAACAACCGCUGCAUUCAGCCUCAUUAGCCGAAGAAGCCUGAUCCUUUGCCAGAUAACUCCAGUUUUCCAACUGCAGGGACUAAAGUGGAACGUUUCUUUUAAUGGUGACGGAUUUCCCACCAGGACUGGGUUGAAAAAUGGACAGGACGAAAUCAUUAUCCUUCUGUGUGCAGCAGCAACUGUCCCAAAUCCCUCAUUGUUAUUAAUAAAGCUGAUUUUCCUGUUUAUUAAACCAUGAAUGAGUCAAACCUGAACCCCGCUCUCACUCGGAUGCUGCAGCACUUCAGCCGUUGAUACAAAACCAACAGAGAAAUAUGCAUCAUUUAGGUUUAGUAUUACAGAAACUGCAUCAUGUCCUCAGAUCUUCUUCUCUGCCUUCAUCAGGGAAGUUCUGCCACAUUUAUUUGCUUUUUAAAACCUUCCUGGAUUAGUUUUUGCUGUUCGAUUUAGAAUUUUUUUGUAUCGUUGACUCUUUGAAGGGACUUUACUGAUAUUUAUAUAUUUGUUUAUAUUCCUACCGCUGCUAAAAUAAUACAAUAUAUUUAUUACUAUAGCGAUCCAUCUUGUUCCUGGUGGUGCUGCGGAAGGAUUGAUUGUGUCUGGAACCUCCGGUAAGAUAGUGAUUUGGUUUGGUAGUUAAUCAGAUGUACUAAGCAGAGAUUUUUGCAGUAACUGGUUUCCAGUUUUGCUAAAUUUCUUCUUCUUCUUUUUUUUUUUUUUUUCUUGGUCAACCACGCCUACAGAUGUCCUUACAAAGCUCCGACAUGUCUGAACAAAACCACUUUUUGCACGUGUGCAGUGCAAGAGUUAGCGUAAUCUUCAGGAGUUCACAACCACAGAUGUUAACCCUGUGUGGGCUUCAGAGCCAGUUUAGAGUCCAUUCAACCGGCCUAAUAGAUCAUCGACAUGCAAACCAUGAAAUCCUGACCCAUGAAUGAUGGUAUCCUGUUCUAUAUAUUGUGUCCAACCAGUCUUGUGUGGUUGCUGAUUGCUGUUACGAUGCCGACUGCGGUUCGAUAUAUAGUGUAGCUGUGGUCCAGACGUUUGUGUCCGCGUGUUUAAAUCCGUAUUUACUCUACCAUUAUUUCACACAAAGCGUCAUAGUUUAUAGUGAUAAGGUGGAUAAUCAGAUUGUGAUACAAAGGCUUAAGAUAAAAAUCAAGAAUAAACACCUGCAAAGUUUUUAACUGGAAUCACAACUACAACAAGCUGAUAUUAGCUGGUCACUAGUCGGGCUAUCUGCUCCGGUAGCCAGUCAGCUGUUUGGCCGACAUGCUGCUUGUAUAACUUGCCAGCUGUAGUAACAGUGAGCGGUACAGGAAGAGUGUAGCCAGCUGACCAGCAGUGUGGAGCACCUUGAUCUUGCCAGCUGCCCAUGCCUGUUAAACACUAACAGAUGUUUGAAAGCUGGAGUUUCAUGUCAGAUGAAACAGCUUUAGGCUGUUGGUAUAAGAGGUCCAGAGCCUUUAGGGAAUAAAACGGGACAUCAGUGUGUCCCACUUCCCACUCCGUAGACGUCAGGAAUAAAAUAAAAUGAGCGGUCGUUUCCACUACCGUAAUAAUUCAGUGUAGAUGAGAGAGGCCUGUCAUUGGCUCAGUGUUUAUCGUCGAAACGUACCUCCUUCUUUCUCUCUUCCUCUUCUGUCUCUGCCACUUGGUUCCUCACACGUUCAGAAGUUUGUGAAACCUGACAGGAUCUGUCCUGUCCCAUAAAUGCUGUGUGGAAAUGUUCAUCACAUUUGACUGAUUCACAGACGGUUUAUUCCAGCAGGUUCUUCUGUCCCUUUAACAGAACCUUCUGUUAGAAGACGGACGGAUAUCUGAUGAUGUGGAUUUAUUUGAUGAUAUGAAUUUAUUUUUUCUGACUGGUUGUUUCCCACAGUUUGAGCUUUUUCCCCCCCUCACUUGACAGCCAAAUGUGUGAUGUUUUUUGUACCAUAACUUGCUUCUCCCAUAGGGCUGCUGCUCAGUGUCAUUUUGUUCAUGUGUUUUAUUUUUUGUUGUUUUUGGAAACACACCUCACCACCUCCCUAACUAGCUCUUGACCUGAGCUGGCCUGCAGCCUUUCAGCUCACCUGUGACUUGUGUCCUGUACUGUAAGUGUGCCGUGGUCGGGUCCGCCUCGAACACACACAGACACACACACAUACACACACACACACAUGUUGUGCAACUCGACCAAACUUCUACAGAGACAGCAGAAACCCUUAAUGAGUGCACACUGCAGGCACAGACUAAGCAAAGCAGAUUUGAGUUAUAAAGAGGAAUCCCUGCCCCUCCCCCCCACGCGACCCCAGGAGCGCCUCUCUGUCUCUGCAGGGGCCGCAGUCCGGACGAGACAGUAAAUAUUCAGCCGUUUAUUGCCGAAUGCGUUCAUCAGUUGUGUAGGUACACAGGCAAGGAAAAUGCGUAGGUAUACGUGCAUUGGUGAGCCAAAACUCUUCCCUCCUUCUUCUUCUCUCUUGCAUUUGAUGAUGUUAAAAACAGCAACUGUAUUUUCCUCUAGACUGUUAUGUAUCUGUUCUCUGAAUGUGACGAGUGUGUUUCAGAUUUCUUUGUUUAAACCUUACUGUAACGCAGAGUAGGUGUGAAUUAGCCGUUAAUUUUUCCAGGAAGAGGUUUGCAGUAGUAGAGGGAGGGGUUCAUGUCUCUGCAGUUUCUUUAUGUUCGUAGAAAAAAAUUCAGGCUGACUGCAAAGAAUGCACGAGAGGCUAAAGAGACUUUCUGAGUGAGUGCGUUUGUGACGAUGGGAGUGUGUGUGAGAGUGUGUGUUUUGUGGCUUUUUCCUGCGCUAACAUGGCACCAUGUCACCCAUCCAGGAGGAAGAGAAAUCCAAGCGGGAGGAGCUG